ACUACCCAGAGACUACUCAUGUCCCUGGUCCUAUGCUGCAGCUCCGCAGUGACAGAUGGGUGGAGGUCGUGCUGGGAAUAAACAAGUUGGAAGUAGUCACUUUUUUUUGGUGUGGGAAAUAAUCUUUUGGGGUUCGUGUUUUUGCGAACUUCACAGGAGUUGGGGCAGAGUUCGACUCUCUACCAGGAGAACGUAAGAGUCGGAGCUGUUAAGGCUGGGUUUAUGGAAUCAAUUGUGUGAAUUAUUUUAUUGUCGUUUAAAUAAUCGGCAAGAUUGUAAAACGGUCAUUGUUCAACUUUUUGCAACGCCUCAUUAUACAGCAGACUCAGUUCCCUUCAUUUCAAAUUCAAAAGUCGAAGGAGCACGAAAGUUGGGCUGUUUUUUAUAUAGUGAAAAUAAUCAAAUCUUAAUAGUAUCAUGAAGACGGUAGCAGGUCUCAUCUGCUGGUCCUUCAUAAUCUUCUCUUUGGGACAUGAUCUCCUGGUCACGGGACAAGCCAACAACGACCAAAACGGACAAGUGUAUCCCCCGUCCCGGGAUGCUCAGCCCGAGCUCCCAGUUGCCACCCAGAAGGCCGGACUGAUCGAGCGAGACGUGGUUCCCAUCCGACGGAACAACACCAUGCCCCGGCGGCGGAUACCGCCAAUGUGCACGGGCCCCACGGAGAUCCGUGACACCUUCAAAUACAUUAACACGGUGGUCUCGUUCUUGGUGUUCUUCGUCGGUAUAAUCGGCAAUUCCACCCUGUUGCGUAUAAUCUAUAAGAAUAAGUGCAUGCGCAACGGGCCUAACAUUCUGAUUGGGAGUCUCGCGCUGGGGGACCUUCUGCACAUCAUCAUAGGAAUUCCAAUCAACGUCUACAAGCUGCUGGCAGAGGACUGGCCCUUCGGAGUGGGACUCUGCAAGCUGGUGCCCUUCGUCCAGAAGGCCUCCGUUGGGAUCACAGUGCUCAGUCUCUGUGCUCUGAGUAUCGACAGGUACCGCGCGGUGGCAUCGUGGAGCCGCAUCAAGGGCAUCGGCGUGCCCAAGUGGAUGGCCAUCGAGAUCGCCCUGAUCUGGAUCCUGUCCAUCGCCCUGGCCGUGCCCGAGGCCAUCGCCUUCGACAUGAUCGCCAUGGACUACAAGGGCGAGCAACUCCGCAUCUGCCUGCUGCACCCCAUGCAGCACUCCCACUUCAUGAGGUUCUAUAAGUCUGCUAAGGACUGGUGGUUGUUUGGGGCGUACUUCUGUCUGCCGCUGGUCUGCACAGCCAUCUUCUACACCCUGAUGACCUGUGAGAUGCUGAGGAAGAAGAAUGGAAUGCAGAUCGCCCUCAGUGACCACCUCAAACAGCGGAGGGAGGUGGCUAAGACGGUGUUUUGCCUGGUGCUCGUGUUCGCUCUGUGCUGGCUGCCCCUCCAUCUGAGUCGCAUCCUGAAGCUCACCAUCUACGACGAGAAGGACCCCAACCGCUGCGAGCUGCUCAGUUUUUUCCUGGUCCUGGACUACAUCGGCAUCAACAUGGCGUCCAUCAACUCCUGCAUCAACCCUAUCGCCCUCUACAUAGUCAGCAAGCGCUUCAAGAACUGCUUCCGGUCCUGUCUGUGCUGCUGGUGUCUGCCAGUGGAGACUCUGCUGGAGGAGAAGCCGUCCUUCAUGAAGCUCAAGGUCACCGAGCGGCCGUCUGAGCAGAGCAACACGCGGGUCUCCAACAAGUCCACCACGGCGUGA